AUGGCCGCCACCACCACCAGCCUAGGCGGAGGCGGAGACGAUCGCGUCCUCGCCACGGCUCAACAGAUCCUGAAAAGCCUCAAAGCUCCCAAAGAGGAUCGCGAAGACAUGCUAUUGAUUUUCUCCACCUUUGAUAACCGUCUCUCCGGCAUCACUGACCUAAUCAACGGCGACGAUUCCAAAUCCUCCGAAGACGAAGAGCUUGACCGUUUCGAAGCCGCGGAGAAAAUCAUACUCGAUGACUCUUCUACAUACACCGAGUCCUCUCGCCAAUCGACUUCGCUUUUUGAUCCUCCUAAUGAUCCGGUCGAGUAUUUUCUCGCUGUUGAUGAGAUCAUUCACUGGAUCGAACAUUUCUCGAUCUCGCCGCCUGAUCAUUCGACCGCGAAAACUGAUCGGAUCAUUUUGGAUCGCGCUGAGAGCGCGAUCCAGCUUGCUAUGUCGAGGCUCGAGGAUGAGUUUCGUCAUGUGCUGAUUUGUAAUACUAUCCCGCCUAACGCUGUUAGCAGAUGUAGUACUAACCGGAGGAGUUCACUGUCUUUCAGUUCGCAGGAUGGUGGUAUAGAUGAUAAUUCUGGGAGUUUUGGUGAGGUAAGUGAUGCUGGUUCUAAUAGGUUUCAUGAACGUGGUGUUAGUCUAGGAGAUGAUUUGUUUGUGGAUUUAGUGCGUCCUGAAUCGAUUCUGAAUCUUAAAGAUAUUAUUGAUAGGAUGGUUAGGUCUGGUUAUGAGAGGGAGUGUCUUCAGGUUUAUAGUAGUGUGCGUCGUGAUGCUUUGAUUGAGUGUUUGACUAUUCUGGGUGUUGAGAAGAUGAGUAUUGAGGAGGUUCAGAAGUUUGAGUGGAAGAGUUUGGAUGAGAAAAUGAAGCAUUGGGUGCAGGCUGUUAAGGCUGUUGUUGGGGUUUUGUUGAGUGGGGAGAAAAGGCUUUGUGAUAGUCUUUUUGUUGCCAUUUGUAAGAGGUCGCCCGAGAAGUUGUUUAGGAUAUUGGAUAUGUAUGAGGCUUUGAGAGAUGCUUUGCCUGAUUUGGAGGAAAUGGUUUUGGAUGACCUUGUGAUCACGGAGGCAAAGGGUGUGCUCAAAGGACUUGGCGAGGCUGUAAAAGGGACAUUUGCUGAAUUUGAGAAUUGUAUUCGGCAUGAGACUUCAAGAAAGCCGGUUAUAACUGGGGAUGUUCAUCCUUUGCCUCGUUAUGUUAUGAAUUACCUGAAACUGCUCGUUGAUUAUAGUGAUGCUAUGGAUUCACUUUUGGAAAUCAGCGAAGAGGCUCUUUAUCACUUUAAGAAUGAUUUGGGGGGUGAGGUUUCACAGUUAGAGGAUUUGUCCCCUUUAGGCCGACAAAUACUGUUGUUAAUGUCCGAACUUGAGCACAAUCUUGAGGAAAAAUCAAAACUUUAUGAAGACAUUGCAUUGCAGCAGGUGUUUUUGAUGAACAAUCUCUAUUACCUAAUGCGCAAAGUGAAGGACUCGGAACUUAAAGAUGUCUUGAGAGAAAAAUGGAUUCGUAAACGCAGCGUAAUGGUACGGCAGUACUCUACAGGAUACAUUAGAGUCUCUUGGAGCAAGGCCUUGUCUUGUUUGAAGGAUGCAGGGAUUGGAGGGAGCUCUAAUAGUGCAUCAAAAAUGGCUUUGAAGGAGAGGUUCAAGAAUUUCAAUGCAUGUUUUGAAGAAAUAUACAGGGUUCAGACAGGUUGGAAGGUGCCUGAUGAGCAGCUUCGUGAAGAGAUGCGAAUAGCUAUAUCUGAGAGGGUGAUUCCUGCAUACCGCUCAUUUGUUGGGAGAUUUAGCUGUCAGCUGGAAGGAAGACAUUCAAGCAAAUACAUUAAGUAUACGGAAGAGGAUCUAGGGGCUUAUUUAUUACAUUUGUUUGAAGGAUCCCCUACUGUAUUACAUCACAUAAGGAGAAAGAGUUGA